AUGGAUGCCGAUGUCGAUCACAUCGACACCGGUGACGAUGAUGACGACGAUGCUGGUAUAUUCAGCAUCGCCAAUGACCGCCAAAGUGAGGACGAUGAUACCCUCACUGGUGAAGACAACGUUCUUUCAGCACUGCAAACGAAGCUCAAUACCGUUAACAAGGAUGAACCAGCAGAGGAAUUUUUGCUGACUCGCGAAGCGGUUGUCCGCUUAGUUCAAGACGCUAUUGCAGAUGCAAUAGACAAGCAGAAAAGAAACGCAGACAAACAAGGGAGAGCAAAGGUCUUUCAUUUAAUGAAGGAGAUCAAGUUUUACCGUCUACAGAAAACCACCAAAACACGCAGCGACAAACGUGGGCAGCGGUAA